CUACUGUUUACCUUAGCUUUUCAGCUGCAGUUAGCUAGCUUUAGUAAACAGAUUUUUUUAAAAGGGCAACCAUUAAUCCGUGAAGUAUGAACGAAUGACUUCUUUGAGGCUAGCAAUGCCUUUAUUAUAUUCAAUUUCAAACGGAAAUCAAAGUUUGAUGGGUUAAAGUAAUCAGGUAGCUAACUGCUAACUAUAGUUAGCACCGGUUGUGUGGACCAUCCUUCUGACUGCAACCAAUUCCCUUUAAUUGAAUAUCUGUUAAGAUAAGAAUGGACAAGUUUGUAGUGCGGCUUCCCAAAGGGGAAACACCUAAAAAAUCGCGAAGCAACGAAAAGGUUUACAAGCAAGCUACAAUUGAAUCUUUACGGAGGGUUGUUGUGAUUGAGGAUAUUCAGCGCUACAAGUCCAUGUUGGAGCUGCCAGAACAGAGCAAGGACAACCUGCUGACUGCCCUGACAGAGCUGAGCAAGAAGAUCCCAUCCAGGGAGGUGCUCAAGUCCACUAAAAUAGGUCACACUGUCAACAAAAUGCGGAAGCAUCUGGACCCUGAGGUGAGCUCAAUGGCGGCAAAGGUUUACACUGACUGGAGGACAUUCAUUGAGGAGAAUUCCAAUAAGCCCUCUAUUGAAGUGCGCUCCGACAAACAAUCUGAAGGACUCAGGAGCAAUGCUAGACGACUAAUGUCUGAGGCCCUGGAGGUCAAGGAGGAUUCUGGACUUAUAGACAACAUUGAGAGAGAAAUAUUUCACCAGAGCUCUCGGCUAGUCAGCAGCUCAUACAGACGGACUGUUAGAGCCCUGGUGUUCGCUUUCAAACACAACCCGGAGAUCAGGACUCAAGUGAAGGACAACACAAUGUCAGUGGACCAGCUGGUUUCUAAAUACAAGAAAUAACUGAUGAUGAAUUGGGCUGAGCCUCCCACUGCAUAUUAAUGACUUAUGGGUGUUUUACUUGAAAUGUGUCAAGGUUUUUAGAGCAUACAUGCACACAUUUUAUUUUUUUAAUUUUCUUUAUUUUCUAUAAAGGAGAUAUAAAACAUGUUUACAUUUCGUGGCACAUCAGCAGCCUGACACUGUUUUAUAAAUGCAUGUAAAUCACUGUCAGUAAUAUUUAAUUUAUUAUUGGUUGUGAUUAUAAUGCCAUUAUUUUGUACUGGAACCAUGGAUUUAAAAUUUUAAUGAUCUGUUUUUAUAUUGUUGGUGAACAUGAUUGAAAAUAUGACAACUUCA